AGGUUUAAACGAUGGAAACAAUUUAAAGCCAAAUCAAGAAUGUGUGGUGACAGAAAGAUUGAAACCUAACCUCAAAAAAACCGUCUUCCAUCCAACUUUAUGGACUGAAAAUCAACAAGCAAUAUUAUGCUGCCACGUGGCAUUCCUUCUAAUCUUGAUCAUGUGGCCGUUAAUCUUUCAAAAGCCAAUCCUUUCACUCCCCAAAAUUCUGGUACACACAUUACCACUAUAAGUCCCAAAACCAUCCUUCAAUCCAUCCACACUUUCACUACUCACUCAUCUUUUCAAUUCAACAAGAGAUCCAUGGCCACCGCCGCGGUUUCGACCUUCGGUGCCACCGUUAACCGUGCCCCGUUGAGCAGUGGUGUGGCUGCAGUCCCAAGUUCAAGUUUCUUGGGUGGUAGCUUAAAGAAGGUAGUUAACUCGAGACUCGUCAACAACAACAAGUUUUCGACGUUCAAGGUCUUGGCAGCUGAGAAAGAGAUCGACGAAUCCCAACAGACUGACAAGGACAGAUGGAGGGGACUCGCGUACGAUAUGUCCGAUGAUCAACAAGACAUCACUAGAGGUAAGGGUAUGGUUGAUUCUCUCUUCCAGGCUCCACAAGAUGUCGGGACCCACUUCGCGGUCAUGAGUUCGUACGAGUACAUUAGUACCGGUCUUCGCACAUAUUUAGACAACAACAUGGAUGGAUUCUACAUCGCGCCCGCUUUCAUGGACAAGCUUGUUGUGCACAUCACCAAGAACUUCAUGACUUUGCCCAACAUCAAGGUACCACUAAUUUUGGGUGUCUGGGGAGGCAAAGGUCAAGGGAAAUCUUUCCAAUGUGAACUUGUGUUUGCCAAGAUGGGAAUCACACCUAUCAUGAUGAGUGCUGGAGAAUUGGAAAGUGGAAACGCCGGAGAGCCCGCGAAGCUCAUCAGACAGCGGUACCGUGAGGCGGCUGACAUCAUCAAGAAGGGGAAAAUGUGCGCUCUCUUCAUCAACGAUCUUGAUGCAGGAGCGGGUCGAAUGGGUGGAACAACACAAUACACAGUCAACAACCAGAUGGUCAACGCUACACUCAUGAACAUUGCGGAUAACCCAACCAAUGUCCAACUCCCCGGAAUGUACAACAAGGAGGAGAACCCCCGUGUCCCCAUCAUCGUCACAGGAAACGAUUUCUCAACAUUGUACGCGCCCCUCAUCCGUGACGGUCGUAUGGAGAAGUUCUACUGGGCUCCCACUAGAGAAGACCGGAUUGGUGUGUGUAUUGGUAUUUUCCGUACUGACAAUGUGGCUGACGAUGACAUUGUCAAACUUGUCGACACUUUCCCAGGACAAUCCAUCGAUUUCUUUGGCGCGUUGAGGGCAAGAGUGUACGAUGAUGAAGUAAGGAAGUGGAUCGGAGAAGUUGGUGUUGAAACCAUUGGAAAGAAGCUUGUGAACUCAAGGGAGGGACCCCCGACAUUCGAGCAACCCAAAAUGACAAUAGAGAAGCUCCUCGAGUACGGAUUCAUGCUUGUCCAGGAACAAGACAACGUGAAGAGAGUCCAAUUGGCCGAAACCUACUUGGACUCUGCGGCUCUUGGAGACGCUAACAAGGAUGCCAUGGAAACCGGCAAAUUCUUUACCGACAAAAAAGAAUAGGAAGUGCAUACUAGUGUGCAACAAGGUUGAAGUGAUCAUUGUUUGGAACACUUGGUGUAUUUAUAUACAUUCUAAGCCUUUUUCCAUGGAUUUCAAUGUGUUUGUGUAAAUUUUGUUUGUUGGUAGAAAAAGUCACUUUUGUUUCACUUUUUACCAUCUUUAUUCAUAUGGACUUGCACA